CUUCUUGAACUUUAUCUCAGGGGUUUCUCUCAAGUGCCAACGGCUGGUGCAGGCUUCCCGUCUUUUCCUCAAGUGCCAAGUGGAGGCUUCCAAUUUCCUCAAUAUGGUUAUCCUUAUUACCCAUACUACGGUGGAUAUGGUUACUACCCCUAUUCCUAUUACUAUUAUUAUUAUGGAUAA